AUGGCCACCUCACGCAGGGGAGACGAGUACUACCGCAGCCUCUACGCGAAAGAGCCCGACUUCCAUCGUCUAGCGCUGCAAGAUGCCAACUUCAAAGCCAUUCUCAGCCCGAGCUAUCAGCUGGACUUCACCGACCCGGCUGCUGUCAAACAGCUUACCAAGACCCUCCUUAAGAUCCAUUUCGACACCAAGAUUGACCUACCGGGCGACAGGCUUUGCCCUCCUGUCCCCAACCGGCACAACUACAUACUCUGGCUCAAGGGCCUGCUCGACUCCACCUCGUACAAUGAGCCUGGGGACAAGCUCAUCGGCCUCGACAUUGGCACCGGCGCAUCCUGCAUCUACCCCUUGCUCGGCUGUGCCCAGCGGCCAUGGUCUUUCAUCGCCACUGAUGUCGACCCGGAGAACUUGAAGCACGCAGAGAGAAAUGUCCAACUUAACGACCUAGAGUCUCGCGUACAGGUUCUGCCCCGGAAACUCACAGACCCUCUGGUGCCCCUGGAUGAGCUCAAAAGGGACAGGAUCGACUUUGUCAUGACCAACCCGCCCUUCUACGAAUCCGAAGAGGAGAUGCUCAAGUCGGCCGCCAGCAAAGCGCGCCCGCCGAAUUCCGCCUGUACUGGCGCACCUGUGGAGAUGGUCUGCGCUGGCGGGGAGGUCGCCUUUGUCAUCCGCAUCCUGGAUGAGUCUCUGCGUCUUAAAGAAAGGGUGCAAUGGUACAGUUCCAUGUUCGGAAUGGUCUCUAGCCUUGAGGUCAUGGUUCAAAAGUUGAGGGAGCACCGUGUGGACAAUUACGCGGUCACCGAAUUCGUCCAAGGCAAGAAGACCCGGCGGUGGGCUGUGGCGUGGAGCUUUGGGCCCAUGCGACCAAGCCAGAAUGUUUGCAGGGGCAUGAAGGCUACGCCUUGGAGGAAGCUUUUACCAAAUGUUGUAGAGGUGGAGAUCCUGACUGUUCAGAAGAUUGAAGAGGCUGGUGUAAAAGCCGAUGAACUGUCUACGCUCGUAGGCUCUCUGCAGCUCUUAUCGUGGGAGUGGGAUAGGGAGAGGCUGAGAGGUACUGGACGAGCGAGGGAGAACGUCUGGAGUAGGGCAUGGCGGAGGAAGAGGAAGCGCGAGGAGGACGGUGGAGCCACAGCCGCUGCUCAGGACGCUGGGGGAGAGGAGCAGUGCGCCUUGGGUUUCUCAGUGUCAGUGAGCGUUCAGAAGACGGGUGCUAUUAUCAGCUGCAGGUGGCGAGAAGGCCAUGACGAGUCCAUAUUCACGAGCUUCUGUGGGUUCGUCAAGACAAGACUCCAAGCAGCAACCGCAAAUAAAACCACGACUUAA